GCGGGGAUCAAACCCCAGACGGCACCGGCCCAAUUUAAACCCGGGUUACCACUGUUUACGAGAAUACAAGAGGCCUUCUGUUUUCUUCUGUUUCUUUAUGGCUUUAAAGUGUCAUAAAAUUGAUAAGACUGCUAUAUUUACAACCCGCGAUGUACACGAUACAACAAUUUGUCGUUAGCAUUGAACAUCAUUGGAUAUGAAUGCUAUCGUUUGAAAGAACCAGAUGACGUAUAUAUUUUUUUUUAUCUUUUGUAUUCCAUUCCGCGCGGGAAUUUAUGACGUCACAAUUCGCCCAUGAAGGUAUAUAAAGGCGUAAAAAUCACUUGCUCAUUUUGUGCUUCUAAGUCUUGGGAGUAACAUAUUUGGUAGCGACUGUUAGCGACUGACAAACGGUGUUAUAAUGGGACUGCUUUCAAGACUAAAAGAAGCGACUGGUUUGGAGUGUGUACGAGAACCCUGUGUACACCCCAAAGACUCCCCCAUCAUGACGGAGAACCAUCAGGCGCCGGUUGGUGCUCUUGAGAGCGAUGGAGGGAGAUCGAUGAAGAGCUUCUGGAAGUGGGCCGCUCUUCACUUUCCUUCCCGCAGAAAGGGAACAUAUGACCUGGCCAAAGCCGAGGAGAAAUACGGGACAGAGGCGGAAACACAGUGGAGAGAUAGCGAUGAUCCAGCUCCUGAAGACCUCCUUGCUGCUGAGGAACAGCAGAAACACAGCGUCCUGGACAAGAACCAGAGUGAACUCUGUGUACAUCCAAAAGACGGCCCCAUCACAUCAGAGAGCCGUCAUCCUCAUCCGUCUGAGAUUGAUGGAGGAAGAGAGCAGGAAGGGAGAGAGGAGAAGAAGAAGAAGAAGAGCUUCUGGAAGUGGCCUGCUCUUCACUUUCCUUGCUGUGGAGCUGGAACAUAUGAUCUGGCCGAAGUGGAAGAGAAAUACUGGAUAGAGGCGGGAACACACUGGAGAGAUAGCGAUGACCAGAGUGUACACGAACACUGCGUACAACCCAAACACUCCCCCACCAGGUCUGAAGAGAUGCCUGUUAGUGCUGUUGAGAACGAUGGAGGGAGAACGGAGGCAGGGAGAGAGGAAGUCCUCCUCACUACUGAGGAACAGCUCGUGCAGGACAUCCUGGACAAGGGCCACAUUCGCAAGCAAUAUAAAAUCGGCCGCAUGCUUGGUGAAGGAGGAUGUGGCAGUGUUUAUGAAGGGACUCGCUGCGAGGAUGGACUUAAGGUGGCUGUGAAAUGUUCAGAGAAGACGCCAGACAUGUCAUAUAUCAGAGUGCCUGGUCAUCCCAAACGUCUGCCAAUGGAGAUUGGCCUGAUGCUCAUGGCCAACAAUGGCCCCAGCGUUUCCCAGAUCAUUAAGCUGCUCGACUGGGAGGAUGACACAGAUCACUACGUGAUAGUCAUGGAGCGACCAGUGCCUUGCGUGGAUUUGUUUACUUUUGUGGAUGAUGAAGAAAUGCUUGACGAGGGGAUUGCAAGAAAUAUUAUGCGGCAGAUCAUUGAUGCCGCUAAAACUUGCUGCGAUCGUGGCGUCUUCCAUCGUGAUAUAAAACUGGAGAACAUCUUGGUGAACCAGGACACCAUGGAGGUCAAAUUAAUUGACUUCGGGUGCGGCGCAGUCAUGAAGAAAUCUGCCUUCAAAUCCUUUAGUGGCACGAAAGAGUACUGUCCACCUGAGUUCAACUUGAAGGGCAGGUACAAAGCAAAGCCAACCACAGUGUGGACACUAGGGUUCAUCUUGUUUGAAAUGCUGUGCGGGGAAUGUCCUACAUCCUACGACCAACACAAGAUCACUGUGAACCUCUGGACCAGACCUGGCUUGUCAAAAGAAUGCUGCCAGAUGAUUUGUGAUUGUCUGCAGCCUGAUCCACAGAGGAGACUCAGUCUGGACAAGAUGCAUCUCCACGACUGGUUUAAGGUACUAAGACUAAGACUAGUUAAGCUUUUUGUUGGUUUAGUUUGAUCAUCAGUCGCCAUGAACUUAAGAUAAUUUUUCUGCAAAAGUGAAGUAUUUAGACAAAUAAUGCCGAUUUAUCUUUUGUUUCAGGUCACAGAGUAAAACACAACCUCAGAAAACAACUCCUGUCAUGGCCAGCCUGUUGUUUUCUGUCUUCAGUCAGCUUUGCGUCUGGUGGACUGACAAGAGUGGCCUUUCCAUCAGUCCACUCUGGCCUUAGCGUAUUGCAGGCCCUUGCCUUGACUUAAAGCAGUCUGGCUGUAUUGCUUGCUUGGGGAUCUGUAAAUAAUAAUUCAUUGUUUAUUUGGAUUUGUUUAUUUAUUAUAAGGAAGUUCGUAAGAACAUUUCUAAGGAAUUUUGUAAGAAAAUGAUUUAUUUUGUAAGAAAAUUUGU